UGCAUUCCUGUCAAGUCAUCUUGUGAAAGGCUGCCUGCUUCCAGCUUGGCUUGGAUGUGCAACCUUAAUAAAACUCACUGAGGUCUGGGAGAAAAUAGCAGAUCUGCGGCAGAUAGCACAGAGGAAAGGCUCUAGAAUAUGUACACGCAGCUGACUCAGGCGGGCUCCACGCUGAACGGUUACACAGAGAGGAAACAAUAAAUCUCAGCUACUAUGCAAUAAAUAUCUCCAGUUUUACCGAAGGAAACUAUCAUUACAGUGAAAUAAAAAAAAUAACAUUUUGGAACAAAGCUAACAAAUGGCUAGUUUUCUAUGAUUCUUCUUCAAACGCUUUCUUUGAGGGGGGACAAAGCCAAGGAAACAAGCAGUUUUACCUGAAAUAAAGAAGUAGUUUAAAGGUCAGAAGGAAGGAGCAGGGUUUGCGAGAGGCACGGAAGGAGAGCGCGGGCAGGACAAUGACAGUUUUCCUCUCCUUUGCCUGCCUCGCUGCCAUUGUGACUCACGUAGGGUGCAGCAACCAGCGGCGGAGUCCCGAGAACGGUGGCAGAAGAUAUAACCGGAUUCAACAUGGGCAGUGUGCCUACACUUUCAUUCUUCCAGAACAGGACGGCAACUGUCGUGAGAGUACGACAGACCAGUACAGCACAAACGCCCUGCAGAGAGAUGCUCCGCACGUGGAACCGGAUUUCUCUUCCCAGAAACUUCAACAUCUGGAGCAUGUGAUGGAAAAUUAUACUCAGUGGCUGCAAAAAUGUCGGGGUAGAGCCAAGAGGCGGCGGAAAGGUGGAACAUUUAGAGGUACAAGGAUUAACCAGAAAGAAGCAGAGGAAGGAUGGAAGCUUCUUUCUGUUUUGAAAAGACCCCAGAGCCAACAUCAAGAUAUCACCAGCUUCCGUCACCUGCUGUGUCCAGACCCUCACUGUACGGUGUGUAACAGAGUGGCUGCCAAAGUCAGUCGACUGCUGUCACUGGGGUACCUGCUAGAUACUUCCUCUGUGCAUUAUGUGGCUUCCUCAGAUUCUGUGAUUAAGACCUCAUUCACUGUGACAUCUGGCCACUCAAAAACUCGUCCAAGAGGCCAAAAAUCAGCCUCUUUGCAUGUGCCAUCUCCACCUCCCCCUUCUACUGUCUCACUUAACCAUGGUGCUUCUUUACCUGGUUUGCUGUCCCCCGAACCACCAGCCGACUCAGUACCACCAGAGCCUAUUCCUCCCUUGGCUUCAAAACUCCCAGUGGAUCCUUUCCCACCCCAACCUAUUGCUAUUUGCCCUCCCACACCACAACAUACUCAGAGAUCAGAAAAUGAUCUCCAUCCAGAGUUUGCUCUGUCUGCAAUGAAUAGCCCUGAUGGGUUGUCAACUGAUACUCCAAGAGUCAGUGAAAUUGACCAUUCAAUGCCAGAAUCAUCCUGGCAGCAGGCCCAGGUCAAGGAUGCCAAAGACUUGUCCUCUUCCAACUUAGAACAAGACUCCCUUUGUUUUAGAAACAGCAAAGGCAAACCAGAGGAGCUGCAAAUGAAUCAGCAGCCUCCAUCGCCUAGGUCCUCUGACAAUCAGUUACAAGAAAAAUGUAUGCAAUACUUUUUCGGUCUUCCAUCUUUGCACAGUGAGUCCUUGUGCUCAAUUAUCCAUCAUUCAGAUGACUGCCCCUCAACUUUGGUCAUCUUUAAUGGCAUCUCCAAAGCUUCUACAUCUCAAGGAUCUUUAGGACUUUCCAAUUUCCAGCCUCUGAUCUUGCCUGAGAUCCAAUCUCAAUCCUCAACUAAAAUUUUCUCCCAAUCACAGUCACAACAUGCUACUCAGGCCCAGUCUCAGUCCAACCUUCAAUCUCCAAUCCCAAUGCUACCAACAUCUCCCGAUUUCCAGCUUAGGAUCUGUGGAGUGUGCUUCCAUAGACCCCAUAAUGAGGCACAGUGUCUCAUGCAAUCUGAACUUCAUCAACUAGAAUACAAUGUGCUACAGAAAGAACAGGAAUGUUUAGGGGGUUUACCCUCGAUGGUCCAAACAUCUCAGGAAUACUAUUGUCCUCCACCUCCCAACUUUUCAUUGGUGAGCCAGUCCUCCAAAAUCCAUGUUCCAAUCUCCAUCAUUCCUGGAGAUUACCCUCUGAGCAGUGAGCUUCGUAAGAAAUUUGAAUACCACCUUAGAAAGAGACUCAUUCAACACCGAUGGGGCCUACCCCGCAGGGUCCAUGAGUCUCUGACACUGGUGAAUCCUGAGAGAGAUGGUCCUGAAAUAUAUGCACCAAAGAGUUUUCAGAGACUCAAAUGGAUAUCUUUGUUGAAGGAACAGAGUAGCAAAAUUUAAGGAAUUCUGAAUCGAACCGACUUCCAAUCUCCCAUGAGACAAGCUCAGAAGAGUCUCAGUUAGAUAACGAUGAGAAGGGCCAUCAGAGACA